CUUCUUCAUCAGGUACCCCACUAUUUCAGAGGAUAAAUUAUUGGGAGAAUACAGUGAACGAAGAUUCUGGACAUAAAAUAUGUUGAGUUGAAGUUAAAACAUGGCUGUAAGAGAAACUGCGGCGCUUCUGUUGCUAUUGUCUGUUACCUUGGCCAACGGACUUGGAUAUUAUAGACAUCAUCAUGCACAGCAUCCAGCUGGUUAUCGAUACAGUGAUGGAGAUUCAGACAGUUCAGAAGAAAAUCGAGUGUCUAUUAACUCUUCUCCAACAGUGAGAUGGCACCGUGGGCCACAGGGUCCUCCUGGGCCACGUGGCCCUCCAGGCCCACCAGGAUAUCCAGGAAAGUCAGGAGUUGGACAGCCAGGACAACCUGGUCUUCCAGGACGACCAGGAUCCCAGGGGAUGCCAGGAAUUGGAAAACCUGGUGCUCCGGGAGCACCAGGAAAGUCAGGAGAAAGAGGAACACCUGGCCCCAAAGGUAGCAUGGGACCUCAUGGAAUGCAAGGACCAAAAGGACAGCCAGGACCUAGAGGGUAUCCUGGGUCAGCUGGAAUUUCAUAUCCUGGUAAACCAGGCCCACCAGGGCCUGCUGGGUCUACAGGGCCGGCAGGAGCACCCGGAGCGAAAGGGGAACGAGGGUAUCCUGGUCCCCUUGGUGCAAAAGGAGAAAAAGGAGUUGGAAUUCCAGGACAGCCAGGGGCAAGAGGUCCUCCAGGGCAACAAGGACCACAAGGAAUGCGUGGCGAACCAGGAUAUGGGAAACCAGGACUCCCUGGUCCUGCUGGUUUACCAGGAGCAAAGGGCGAAAAAGGCACAGCAGGUCCACCUGGAGAUUCAGGAAUCCCAGGUCAGAGAGGCCCCCCAGGAUUACCUGGGCCAUCAGGAAUCGGAAAGCCUGGAGCGGAUGGCACACCAGGGUUGCCAGGUUCUCCUGGACCCAAGGGGCCUCCUGGUGCACCAGGUCAGCCUGGAGCUGCUGGACUUCCUGGUUUUGGAAGGCCAGGCCCACAGGGACCUAAAGGGGAACCUGGUGCCCCAGGUCUAGCUGGAUAUCGUGGAGAGAAAGGGGAGAAAGGUGAUCCUGGCAGCCCAGGAAGCUCAGGAAUUUCUGGAUCAACUGGCCCACCUGGGCCACAAGGUUUGAGAGGUGCACCUGGUCUACCAGGUGCACCAGGACAAAAGGGCAUGUCAGGUCCACCUGGAGGGCAAGGGUACCCAGGACCAAAGGGUGCAAUAGGCCCUGGGGGUGCCCCAGGAAAAUCAGGAAUUCCAGGAGAACCUGGUAUACCGGGCGCAGUCGGGCAAAUGGGACCACCUGGUCAAAAAGGCGCCAUCGGACCUGUCGGGCCAACUGGGAAGCCUGGGGACAGUGGCCUUCCAGGUCGUCCAGGGCCACCAGGAUUCCGAGGUGAAGUUGGAUUAAAUGGACCUGCCGGACCCCCAGGUCCAAAAGGUCUACCCGGAUUUCCAGGUCCACCCGGAUUCCCUGGAGAGAAAGGAGACCCAGGACCUCCAGGUCCUCCUGGACUACCAGGUCUUUCUUCUAGUCUUAAUGAAAAGAAUCUGUAUGGGCCACCAGGCCCACCAGGAGCACCCGGCCCUCCAGGCCCACCUGGACUCCCUGGUCCACCAGGACGGCCAGGAGAAGUUGUGAAUCCCGGGAAAUACGGAGGCUAUAAUGGUUACGUAACACCGGAUGUCAUGAGAUCAUAUCCAGCUUUCACAGCUAUUCUUUUAGAGUCAUUUCCAUCUGUAAGACAGCCAAUAGCUUUCAACAAAAUAGUGGCUAAUCAAAACAACAAUUAUGAUCCCACGACUGGCAUAUUUACAUGUCAAAUACCAGGCAUCUAUCAAUUUUCUUACCAUAUACAAGUAAAAGGAGGAAAUGUUUGGAUUGGACUGUUCAAAAAUAAUGAACCUGUGAUGUACACAUAUGAUGAUUAUACAGAAGGUUAUGUUGAUCAAGCUUCAGGAAGUGCUAUAAUACAAUUAUAUGAACAUGACGAGGUCUCUGUUCAGUUACCUUCAGAGGAGUCCAAUGGUUUAUAUUCCUCCGAUUAUAUGCAUUCUUCAUUCUCUGGGUUUUUAAUUAGUCAGACAUCUGAAAGCAACCAAAACCCAUUUACUUUGAACUUCUGCAUCAUUAAAGAGAAGAUAUUUUCACCACGCUGGCGAAAAGAAGACGACUUGCAUUUCUGUAGCACUAUGCAAGACCGCAAAACACCCCAAGGUAUUUUACAGCCAAUGAAACACCCCAAGAUUCUACCUACAAGCAUGACUUUAGUGGAAACUGGUGCAUUUCUGAUAUUCAUGUCUAUUUCUCUGGUGAAUGGAAUAGGAUACAAGGGAUACAACCAAUCACCAUAUAAUACAAAAAGUCAGGGUUAUGAAUUGAAAGGUCUUCAUUAUCAGAGUCUUGAGGAAAGUCCAAAGGGCAUCACAGUGAGAGGAGAUCCAGGAAUGCCUGGACCACCUGGACCUCCAGGACCCCCUGGAUCCCCAGGGCAAGCUGGAUAUCCAGGAAAGCCAGGUGUUGGGUUGAUGGGACCCCCUGGAAGUCCAGGACAACCAGGACCACAAGGACUAACUUUAAAGGGAGCUCCAGGCCUUCCAGGAGCACCAGGACCUGAAGGGAGAAUAGGGUAUCCUGGACAAAAAGGCGAUAAAGGAAUUCAAGGGAUUCAAGGGCAAAGGGGUAGUCCAGGCCCUCCAGGAAAUCCUGGACCAGCCGGAUUGUCUGUUAUUGGUAAACCUGGCCCACAAGGGGCAGUAGGAUCUCCAGGAGUACCAGGAUUACCUGGAGCAAAGGGACACCCAGGUUAUCCAGGCCUCCCUGGUCAAAAGGGGGAUAAAGGAAUUGGAAUUCCAGGGAUUACAGGUGAAAGAGGGCUGCCUGGGCCACCAGGGGCACCGGGAACUCCAGGACCAGCAGGAUUAACUACAGCAGGUGUGCCUGGUCUUCCUGGUGACCCAGGUAAAAAAGGUGAAAUGGGACCACCUGGCCCAUCAGGUUUCACUGGAGCACCGGGUCACAAAGGACCACCAGGACCACCUGGACCAAUUGGAAUAGGAAAGCCCGGAGCUGCUGGUGUACCAGGAAUGCAAGGGCCACCUGGUUUGAAGGGUCACCCUGGUAUCCAAGGUUUGCCUGGGGCACCAGGACUGCCAGGUAUUGGAAAACCAGGUGUGCCAGGGCUGAAAGGAGAACCUGGCCCCGUAGGUUAUCCUGGGUAUCCUGGAAAAAAAGGUGAGAUGGGACAAACGGGCAAGCCAGGAGACCCUGGUUUAGUGGGACAAGCCGGUCUACCAGGAGCACAGGGGCCGAGAGGUUUACAAGGAAUUCCUGGCGCUCCAGGAGAUAAAGGUGCACAAGGACAUAUGGGUGCACAAGGGUAUCCUGGAGCAAAGGGUGACAGAGGGGCAACUGGCGUUCCGGGAAUGUCAGGGUCUCCUGGGAAAUCAGGUUCACCAGGGCUACCAGGAUCAGUUGGGCCAACUGGUCAAAAAGGUGACAUUGGUCUCACUGGCCCACCUGGGAAAUCUGGAAAUCCUGGUCCUCCUGGUCCUCAGGGCCCAUUAGGUUUUCCAGGUGCAAUCGGGUUGCGAGGGCCAGCAGGAAUACCUGGUCAUAAAGGUUUGCCUGGGUUGCCUGGAUCGCAAGGGCCUCCUGGACUAAAUGGUGCUCCAGGAAAACCAGGAUUUCCAGGUCCUCCGGGUCUCAUUAGCAGAGAAAUAACGAAGGGGCCAGCAGGGGCACCAGGACCAACAGGGGCAGCAGGUCCUCCUGGUCCACCAGGCCUUCCUGGUCCACCAGGUUUACCUGGUGAAAUCUAUGUACAACCAGAGAAAUCAGUACAGCCACCACCUGGAUUACUGAGCCCUGUUCCAGCUUUUACAGCCAUUCUUUCUAGGGCAUAUCCACCAGUAGGGCAACCAAUAGUAUUUGACAUUCUAGAGACCAAUUCAAAUAAUAAUUAUGAUCCAUCAUCUGGUGUUUUUACAUGUGAAGUACCAGGGCUUUAUCACUUUAGUUACCAUGUACAAAUCAAGGGGGCGAGCGUUUGGGUUUCAUUAUAUAAAAACGGAAAAUCCAUACUACAAACAUAUGAUGAUUACACAAAAGGAUAUGUGGAUCAAGCCUCAGGGAGUGCUAUAGUACACCUACGUGAAAAUGACCAAGUCUACAUAUUAUUACCUUCAGAGGAAGCUAACGGUUUAUAUUCAUCUGAUGAGAAACAGUCAUCCUUCUCAGGGUUUUUAAUUAGCCCCUCAUGA